AUGCACCAGUACAACCCAGUGCAACCCAGUGCAACCCAUGCAACCCAGCAUGCACCAGUACAACCCAGUGCAACCCAGUGCAACCCAGUGCAACCCAGUAUGCACUAGUGCAACCCAGUACAACCCAGUGCACACCAGUGCACACCAUGCAACCAGUGCAACCCAUGCACACCCAUACACACCCCCGUGCAACCCAGUGCAACCCAGUAUGCACCAGUACAACCCAGUGCAACCCAGUGCACACCCGUACACACCAGUGCACACCAGUACACACCAGUGCAACCCAGUGCACACCCGUGCACACCCGUGCAACCCAGUACACACCAGUACAACCCAGUGUAA